UCCAUACUUUGUGUCUUGGUCCUGAUCUUCAGCAGUCUUACAGUCCCUCAUAGAAUUCUGCUCCUGAUAAUGUAUUUUAUUUCUGUCAUGCCAAUACACUGAAGAGAUUUGGCUGCUUUACACAAUACAAUUAAAAUACAGCAAAAAAUUCACAGACAAAUGAAAAUGAGACCUGGAGAGGUCCUUAUAGACUGCUUAGAGUCUGUUGAAGAUACCAAAGGAAACAAUGGAGACAGAGGUAGACUGCUUGUGACAAAUUUGCGGAUUAUUUGGCGCUCACUGUCAUUGCCCAGAGUCAAUCUCUCUGUUGGUUACAAUUGCAUUAUAAAUAUAACUACAAGAACUGCCAACUCAAAAUUACGAGGGCAGACAGAAGCUCUGUAUAUAUUGACUAAAUGUAACAAUACCCGGUUUGAGUUCAUAUUUACCAAUGUUGUCCCUGGGAGUCCCAGACUCUUCACUUCAGUUAUUGCUGUGCACAGAGCUUAUGAAACUUCUAAAAUGUAUCGUGAUCUGAAGCUGAGAAGUGCAUUGAUUCAGAACAAGCAACUGAGAUUACUACCACAAGAACAAAUAUAUGAUAAAAUCAAUGGAGUUUGGAAUUUGUCAAGUGACCAGGGAAAUUUGGGAACAUUUUUUAUUACUAAUGUGAGAAUAGUUUGGCAUGCAAAUAUGAAUGACAGCUUUAAUGUCAGCAUACCGUAUCUACAAAUCCGUUCAAUAAAAAUAAGAGACUCAAAGUUUGGCUUGGCGCUUGUGAUAGAGAGUUCUCAGCAGAGUGGAGGAUAUGUCCUUGGUUUUAAAAUAGACCCUGUGGAGAAACUACAGGAGGCAGUGAAAGAAAUUAAUUCACUUCACAGAGUUUAUUCUGCUAACCCUAUAUUUGGAGUGGAUUAUGAAAUGGAAGAAAAGCCUCAACUUCUUGAAGAUCUAACUGUGGAGCAGGUUCAAGAUGAUGUGGAAAUAGAAGCUGAUGAGCAUACAGAUGCAUUUGUGGCUUACUUUGCUGAUGAAAACAAGCAACAUGACGGGGAGCCUGUUUUUUCAGAAGAACUAGGACUUGCGAUAGAGAAGCUAAAGGAUGGAUUCACACUCCAGGGACUCUGGGAAGUAAUACCCUGAUUCAGAUUGUCACGUAUUUGUUUCUUAAACAAGGAAAGACUCUCAGUUCUUACUGUGCUUAUGAGAUCUGUAGAAGAUAAUUUAGAAAUAUCAGAGUAAACAUGCCAAAGAGUGGGUAAAUAUUGAAUAGUAUGACCUCAGGAUAUGUCAUAAAGGAAAGAUUAUUCAAAACCCUUGUAUGUGUAAAAGUGUUGUAUUUAUUAGGUUGUGUAAAGAGCUGGAGGACUACCAGUAUCUAAUGUAAGAAGGAGCAUGGCCCCAGCUGCUGGUGGAGGCUGUGCCCUCUGCAGACACUCACACAUUCCACAAGCCUCAGACGUCUUGCCCUUCCUCUGGUCCCACAGUUUAAGGCCCCAGGAAGUCCCUCCUCUGUCAGGCUGUGAGGACCUGGAAGUUCCUUCCCAUUUUAUUUCCACUGCCAUUACGUAAAAUGUCAUAUGCCACAUUUUCACUCUGCUUUUGAUUGGCUGACUGUGGGUUUUGACACACUCAUA